AUGAGAAAGACGACUGAACAGAGUGGUUGCUAUCAGCCUGUAAACACACAAGGAAAUAAGCCCAGUUACCAAGGCUCAUGUCCAAAAAGCCCUGAAAAGGGGAUGAAAAGAYUGCAGAAGAGAUUUCUCCACAAGGAUGGCAGCUGCAAUGUGUACUUCAAACACAUCUUUGGGGAAUGGGAGAGCUACGUAGUAGACAUAUUUACCACAUUAGUGGACAUCAAGUGGCGCCAUAUGUUUGUGAUAUUCUCACUCUCCUAUGUUCUCUCUUGGCUGUUUUUUGGACUAGUCUUCUGGCUGAUAGCAAUCCAACAUGGAGAUUUAUUCGACGAUGAAGAAAUAACCCCCUGYGUUGCGAAUGUCCACAGCUUCACAGGGGCAUUCUUAUUCUCUCUUGAAACCCAAACGACCAUCGGUUACGGUUACCGCUGCGUUACGGAAGAGUGCUCUGUCGCCAUCCUCAUGGUUAUCCUCCAGUCAGUGUUAAGCUGCAUCAUCGACACGUUCAUAAUUGGAGCAGCCCUGGCUAAAAUGGCCACCGCUCGGAAAAGAGCUCAAACCAUUCGUUUCAGCUACUACGCGGUGGUAGGCUUGAGGGAUGACAAAUUUUGCCUCAUGUGGCGCAUUGGGGAUUUCCGCCCAAACCACAUGGUGGAGGGCUCCGUGCGGGCUCAAAUGCUGCGCUACCGGGAAGACAAGGAAGGCAGAAUGACCAUGGAAUACAAGGACCUGAAGCUGCUAAACGACCAAAUCAUACUUGUGACUCCCGUGACGGUUGUCCAUGAAAUCGACAGCGAGAGCCCCUUGUAUGGUCUCGACCGGAAAGCUCUGGCCAAGGAUAACUUUGAGAUCUUGGUUACGUUUGUCUACACAGGUGAUUCAACGGGGACCUCACAUCAGUCACGAAGCUCAUAUGUCCCCAGAGAGAUUCUUUGGGGCCACAGGUUUAACGACGUUUUGCACGUAAAGAAAAAAUACUAUAAAGUGGAUUGCUURCAGUUUGAAGAAACCACAGAGGUUUAUGCUCCUUACUGCAGUGCCAAACAACUAAAUCGUAAGGAGCAAGAAUGGAACAGAACUGAAAAUGCACAGGACAGAGAAAGAGAGACGCCAGCACUGGAGAUCAAGCCAUUUAGCACAAACCAAAAGUCAUUUAGUGCAGUUGCCCUGAUCACCAGUUGUCAAGAGCCAGAAGACCCAGUGGCAGCUGUCAAUGAGCCUUCUGGAGAAGUUUCUUAUCAGAAAGCAGCUGUGACCUUAAGYAGACUGUCACUGGAAUCCCAAAUCUAG